AUGAAGUUUCUACAAUCAUAUUACAAUAGUGAUCUAUUCCAUUUAUUGAUUAUUACAUCUCUCGUAUGUGGAUUAGAAUUUUGUACUGCCUCAGCAUUUACGUAUAUUCCGCCGAUUUUACUCAAAGCUGGAAUAUCCGAGUCAUCGAUGACAUGGUUAAUGGGCUGUGGUCCGUUACUUGGUUUUCUUCUUUGUCCUGUUGUUGGCCAUUCGAGUGAUCGAUGUCGAUCUCGGUUCGGUAAACGACGUCCAUUUAUACUUGGCUUUUGUUUGACAAUCAUCUUUUGCCUCAUGCUGAUUCCACAAAGUGAAGCGAUCGGUCAACUGCUACAUGCACCUAAGCUUGGAUUGUGCUUAUUGGUUAUCACUUGCGUUCUAUUUGACUUUUCUGCUCAAGCUUGCUUCAAUCCAUGUGAAUCCCUAAUUUAUGAUGUAUGUAAAGGCACACCGCAAGAAUCUUCGUGUUUUUUCGUCUAUUCAUUUAUGACAUCGUUCGGUGGAUGUCUCGGAUAUUUAAUCACGGCUACCGAUUGGACUGACUCGUUUCUUAGUAAUUAUAUGCAGGGACAAGAGAAAUUAACCUUUAUUGUUAUUUUACUAUUUUUCUCGAUAACACUUUGCUGUACAUUGAUAUCUGCUAAUGAGAAGAUUUACGAUAUUCCUGAUGAGCAAAGCACAGGCAUCGAUACGAAUCUGAUAGAUAGUUUCUUUCUCAUUCAUUUAUUAAAAUAUAUUCUUCAUACCGUCUCAAAUUCUGUUCGAACGAUUCUUACGAUGCCAUUUGUUCUGCAACGUUUAACAUUAGCUGAAUGUUGUUCAUGGUCCGCAAUUAUGACAUUUAAUUUGUUUUUCACUGAUUUCGUCGGUCAAACAGUGUAUAUGGGCGAUCCAAGUGCGGAUGAAUUAUCAGUUGAGCGUUUACGAUACGAUCAAGGUGUUCGGAUCGCUUCUUAUGGAUUACUCUUUCAUUGUGUUGUUGGUGCGCUUUAUGCGCCAUUGCUCAAGCCAAUGAUCAAUCAGUUUGGUAUUCAUCUCACUUUUUCAUUCGGCAUGUUCAUCUUUGCACUAUCAAUGAUGGUUAUAUAUGUCUCAAGAAACAUCAUUAUCAUUAACAUUAUGGCAUCAUUAUCUGGCCUGGGGAUGGCGUCAUUAACGUCCAUCCCUUACACACUCGUCAUGACCUAUUAUGCAAAUCGAGAGGUCUACUUUAUCGAUAAUCCCGUUUUACAAACACGUGGCAUUGGAACAAUACUCGGUAUACUUGACAGUACUUAUUUUGCAUCACAAAUCAUCUCAUCCGUUAUUAUGGGUUACAUAAUGCUAAUAUUUAAAUCGACUCUUUCGUAUAUUGUGACAAGUUUUGUUCUUGCUAUUUGCUCACUUUGGUUUAUAAAUCGAAUUGUGAUAAAUCGACAUCAGCUGCAAGAGUUGCUGAAAAUCGAUAAAUAA